ACGCGACUCCAACACCCCCCCUCCGCCUCCCUCUCUCCCUCCCUCCCUCCGUGCAGCCCGGGCUUCCUGCUCCAGGGGAGGGGGCGGAUUCGUCGCGUCCAGAGGGAGCCCGGCUGCGCCUGACAUUGGCGCGCUGUGCGCUUCCAGCUGCACGGAAGUGAGCGGCAGUUUCCACUCGCAGCUCGGGCCAGCCUGCCUGCCUGCCUGCCUGCCUGUUGCUGCGGCUGCCGUGGCGAGCUCCCACCCCGGGGCUCCCCCCUUCCCCCUCCGCCUCCCAGCCGCCUUUCUUCUGCCCAGCGCGGCAUGGAGCGAGAGCAGCGCUCGUGAAACCGCCCCGAUCCCGCGCAGGUACCGCCAAGGAGUUGCCAUGGAGACACACAACCGGGAGAUGGAGCUACUGAGCAACAGCAUUGCAGCCUAUGCACACAUCCGAGAUAAUCCUGAGAGCUUUGGCCUGUACUUCGUGCUGGGGGUGUGCUUUGGCCUGGUGUUGACGCUGUGCCUGUUGGUCAUCCAUAUCUCGUGGCAGCCUCAAACCAUCCCCCCGAGACCCCGCAAAAGCCUGCGGGACUUAAGUGAGGAUGAGGAGGAAGAUGACGAGGAGGAGGAAGACGACACUGUUGACCACGUGGUAGCUGAGCCAGCGUUGGCCAUGACAGAGCUGCCUUUGGAGCCCCACGGCACACCGGAUGGGACUCUCACCGUCAACGUCUUUGCCUCAGCAGAAGAGCUGGAACGCGCCCAGCGCCUGGAGGAGCGAGAGCGGAUCCUCCGGGAGAUCUGGCGCAAUGGGCAACCUGAUAUCCUGGGCAGUGGUACUGGUACCAUCGGUAGAGUCCACUACUAUUGAUCCACCUGCUCCCUCACCCACACAUGGUGGGCCACUACCAACCUGUGGAACUCCUUCUUGUGCCUCCCUAAGGGCUUUCUGGGUGACCGUGCCAGCAAACAUUUAGCACAACCUGCCCUAAGAGGCAGCUGAUUUGCAUGGUGGGUGGGAGGCAAGAGAAGAGGUUUACCUGAAGCCACAGGGACAAGCCACGAGAGGAGCCCUCAGGGAAAAUACUCCGUGAACUCAUCGGAGCGGACCGCCAACUCAAGGCCUGCACCACCCCUUUCCCUCCACUUCUGGUGACACCUUUCUCUGGCACCAUCCACGUCUGUGGGGAGAGAAGUGGGUGGCCAAUGAAUGUGAAGCAAUGUGGCCAUAUCCACAGCUGGUACCCCCACCCAUGUUUACAUGUGAGGACAAUUUCUGUGCAGGGAGCAUGGCCAAGGGGGCGCAGCUGCAUCUAUGGGGCAGCAGAGAGGCACAGCAUGCAAUGGAACUGAAGGAGGGGGGACGGAUGAAGGAGGGGAGAUGGGCCAGAGAUCCGGUCGGCCUGCUGGUAUCAGUCUGCAAGAUGUACAAAGGCCACGUUCAUGAGCCAGAAGGGCCUGCCCAGAAGGAAUGUGGGUCUAGUGGGGAGGAGAGUGUCUUUGCCACACCUCUGGGCUGAGUCAAAAGGAAGAGGCUUCCGCCCUGUCCUGCUUCACCACAGCCACACCAAGGCAGGCGGGCAGGCCAGGAGCUGUGCCAACGGCCCCCACUCUGCGUCUAUCUCUUCCCCUGGCUUUCUCAUGAUGUGACGGUUCCCUGGGGAGCUGGGGACCCCUCUGUGCCUGCCCCGCCCCGCCCCAUCCCAUCCGGAUUGUUUCCAGGAGCUUUGUGGAGGAGCAAGCACCAGCUCCGGUGGCCCCCUCCCCGUUGAAUUGUCCAUGAGCAGCUCUCCUCGCCUUGUCCCCUCUCCAAGGUUGAUGCAGGGCUGGGGCGGCCCUCUUCCAGGCCCCUUCACAUGCGGGUGGGCUGGGGGAGGGGAGUGGCAGGCCUGUGGAUGGGCCUUCCCAGAACACCCACCACUGCCUGCCUCCUUUCGCCCUGCAAAGCCGUUGGUGCGUUGGCUGCUCAUCAGGACUGUGGGGUGCAAACUGGACUAGUGGGCCUGGAGGCUCCUUCUCCAGGUGGGAAGGGUAGGGGUGGGGGAUUGGCAGCUCUCACGUGGCCGCCUUGAAGGGCUCCUCUCUGCCUGGAGUUCACCUACCCCAGGGCGGCUCUUUUGGCUUCAUGUGUGCCUUUAUUGCCUAUAGGACCCUGUGUGCCUGUUAUAAGCCAAUAAUGAGUUGUGUAAAAAUGUGCCUUACCUUUUAUAAAGCAGACUCA